UAAUUACAAAAUAGCAGUGAUUCUUUUUGUAAAUUUUCUCAAACUCGUAGUCAUACCAACUUAAUUGCCAAUGAAUAUUAAAUGACGUAUAUUGCGGUAAUCGAACCAGAAUCCUCUGGCUAAAAAACAGCUGGCUCAAUAGCUGUUGUACGUUGUCUAACUAAAACUCUAUAAUGUAAAGUGUGGUAGAAGAUUUUUAUUUCAUUUCAGCUUUCAAGGAUUUCUUCCUUACACCCCUUGCUUUAAGACUUUUCAGAAAGCAUUAAAUAAGUCUGCGUUAACUUUUUUCUGCAAUAAGAAUGGAUUUUCAAAAUAGAGCGGGUGGCAAAACUGGCAGUGGCGGAGUUGCAUCGUUUUCUGAGAGUAACAGAGAUCGACGUGAAAGAUUAAGACAAUUGGCUUUGGAGACGAUUGAUUUGAAUAAGGAUCCUUAUUUCAUGAAAAAUCAUCUUGGUUCCUAUGAAUGCAAACUUUGUUUAACUUUACACAACAAUGAGGGAAGUUAUUUGGCUCAUACCCAAGGCAAAAAACAUCAACAAAACUUAGCAAGAAGAGCUGCAAAAGAAGCGAAGGAAGCUCCUGCACAACCUGCACCUGAAAAGCCAAGAGUCUCUGUUAAGAAAUUUGUCAAAAUUGGAAGACCUGGUUACAAAGUGACCAAGCAAAGAGAGCCAUCAUCUGGACAACACAGUUUGCUUUUUCAGAUUGAUUACCCAGAAAUUGCAGAUGGUUUAACGCCUAGGCAUCGUUUCAUGUCAGCUUAUGAACAAAGAAUAGAACCUCCAGAUCGUUCUUGGCAAUAUUUACUGUUUGCUGCUGAACCUUAUGAAACUGUUGCCUUCAAGAUACCUAGUCGUGAAAUUGACAAGAAUGAGGAAAAAUUUUGGACACACUGGAAUGCCAAUACUAAACAGUUCUUCUUUCAAAUGCAUUUCAAAAUAACAGCAAAUCAGCAACAGAUCAUGCAACAAAUGAAGCAACAAUCACGAAAUCAGCGACGUUUGGAUCCUCCUCCUCCUGGAGUUUCAAACAAUGCCCCUGGUCAAUCUGGAGCACCACCUCCUCCUGGAUUUAAUCUCCCAUCAGGUCCCCCCCCUCUUGGACAAGGAUCAAACUCUGGCCCACCUAGUCUGAUACCGCCUCCACCGAGGAAUGUGCCCUCAGAAAAUCCUCUCAAUCCUUUUGUUGCGCGAUAAAUAAUUACGGACAAACUUUACUUUUAACUUUCAUAUACUGGUGUUUGAUUAAAGUUUUCCUUUCUUUAACAGGUCUGCAUCAAAAAUAAAGUUAUUUCCUCAUUGA